CUCCCUGCUGCCGCGCAUCUUGACAUGACGACUGUUGAGCAGCCCGCUCGCCAUAUCCACUUCAGCUCCAGUUACUCGACUCAGUCCUCGGCCAGGCCGAUCCCCGUCCUCACAACCAGUGCUCCCGAUUCCGACGCUUCUCCUGACCCAAUGGAUACGAGCUCCGACAACGCGGCCCGGGAUUCUCAGAACACCAGUCCCAGAGGCGACAAACAGAACAUGCAGUCUGGAAACGCGAUCGAUCAAGACAGUCAGUCCAGCCUGCGGAAUGGAGCCAUUGGUCAACACGCAGUGGGGGCUGCUGCAGCGGCACAGCAGCCCAAAGCCAUCAGUGCAGCUUUCAUCCACAAACUAUACAGCAUGCUCGAAGACCAGAGUAUACAACAUUUGAUCUCAUGGUCCAGCACCAACGAGAGCUUUGUCAUGUCACCUUCGACUGAAUUCUCCAAAGUCCUAGCCGACGUGUUUCAUACAGGAUCUCCCGAUUCACCUCUGUGGGAAUUCAAACAUGGUGCCAACAAUUUUAGAAGAGGCGACCUGAACGGACUGAGAGACAUCAAACGCCGUGCUUCCCGGCACACGCUCAUACAUCGUGAUUCCUUCUCGAACGCGACACCCAAGAUGACGCUUCAGCCGCCGCCUCCUCCUCCGCCAGGCGCACCCAUGGAGGCCCCAAUGCCGGAUCCCGUCGAGGCUCGACUAAGUAUGCUUGAAUUCAAUCUCCAGGACGUAUAUGCAAGAUUGGCAAGGUCAGAAGAUGCAUACGCCAAUCUCAGCGCCAAAUGCCAGAUGUUGUCCGAGGGAUUGGCAAGAUGUCAUUACCUANNGUGGAGUGGAGAGCUGUCUUCGCAACUCCUUGGAAUGGCACCCGAUCCAGAGAACCCGGUUCACAGAGACGUAUCGGCAUUGCGCGCCGAGAUCAACAGAAAUGCGGACAUCCUGAGAUCACACGAAGUGCCGCAUGAGAAUUUGCAGCCAACCCGCCCGCCGUACAUGACUGCACCUUCGUACGACCAUGGCGGUCCUGUAUCGCCCCGUCAGCAAGCCAUGGAUGCUUCACGCAGACCUUCGUUGCAACCGACUUCUCGCGCUUCUUCCUUCAGGACACCCAUGCCUCCGCACAUGACAGCAUCGCCUCAUAGAUUUGGUUCCCUCAGUGGUCCCUCUGGCCCACCAUCGCCUUCGUCCAGACAACCUGCACCUCCACCGCCGCCGCCGCCAACCUACACCACGCUUCCACCUCCGCCAGCACCGGCGCCCCCAGCCCAGGCAGCCUUGCAACAUCGCCCGGCAUCACCACCCAUGAACCUCUCCCGGCGCCAUACCUCUGCCGACAUUAGACUACAAGGGUGGAACGGUCCACCUCAUGCGAUUCCUCCUCCACCGCCACCCCCACAUGGAGGUUCGCCUUUUACCACAGGAGGACAGAAUUCUGCACAAUGGCCUACAUCUCCGUUCCGCCAAAGCAACAACGAAGGGCAGCAAAUCAGGGAUACGCUGGCGCAGUACGAAUUGCCACGCGCGACAUCGAGGCUCGGCUCUCGUCAGACUACACCGCCUGACUCGGGACCUCCAUCGUAUGCCAACAACAGUAGCGAGGCAGGGUGGCAGCUCCCUGGGCCGAAAUUCUCGUUCAAGGGUGUUGAGGCUUCGGCACCAGGAACCCGUCGAAGUAGCAUGGCUAGCAACGUGCACUCCCUGCUCAAUCCUACAGCAGAGUCGAAUCAUGAGCGCGAUGGAGAAGACGGGCCUGAAGACAGGAAGCGCAAGAGACUAGGAUAG